AUGGGGUACAUAUCGCUGUUUUAUGAGAAAACAGAUAUUGCGGGACAAGAUUUUAAACGUUUAAGAACAGAUACAAGAAGAGAAUUUUUAAAUGAAUUUUUUAUUGGUGAUGAUAAAAAAUGGCGCGGCACAAAAAAUUUCAUAGUGUCUCAUGAUCUAAAUGUUAUUCGAUUACAAUUACAGAAGGCAAGUGGUUGGUAUCAUAUUGCUUGUCCAGAUAACGAACAAACAAUACUAGCAAAAUCAUUUGCUUGGGUUAUGUGA